GGUACGCGGAAAUCGCGAUUUACGGAACCGAUUUUUAUGCUAAAAUUUUGGUUCUCGUUUUUUUCACUCUUUUUUAUGCAGCGUGAGGCAGACGUAGUUUUAAGUAGUUUCUUUUUAGAAACAUAUAUAGACAUAGAUACUUUUUGGAAAGAAGAAAAGUUAAUCUUGAUUUUUGAAAUACUUUUAUGUAUGGUUACUAAACUUUAUUAUGGAAUAUUUUGCUCCUGAAUAUUAGGUUGAUGUUCUCUCAUGAAUUUGUGGUCAAAGAAAUGUAGAGUCUGCUUUUUUUAUUAUUAAAAUAGCUUGUUUCAUGCAUUUUCUAUGCACAUGCCAAAUUUCAUCAAAAAAUAAGGAUAAGCAAUUAGUCUAAUUAGUGUUAUACCAAGUAUACCACUUUUUUCAGGUAGCCCUAGGCAAACGGUUUUUUGAGGUGGUUAUUUUUAGAAACAUAUAUUAACCUUGACGACUUUUGAAAGAAGAAAGAUUUGGCUUGAUUUAUAUAAACUUUUGUGUAUUGCUAACAUACCUUUUUAUGGAGUAUUUUGCUGAGAAUUUUGCAUGGAAAUUUGGCUGAUGUUGUAACAUAGAUUUGUAGUUGAAGAAAUGUAGAGUCUGCUUUUUUUAUUAUUAAAAUAGUUUUUUUCAUGCAUUUUCUAUGAACAUGCCAAAUUUCAUCAAAAAAUAAGGAUAAGCAAUUAGUCUAAUUAGUGUUGGACUUAAGGUACCUAAUUUCCAUUUUUUUGUUGUUGUUUUUUUUGGUAAGCAAAAUCCGGUAGGCGCCGAAAUCCGGGUAAGGGGGCGUUUCAACUAAAAAUCUUAUUUUGAAUUAUUGUGAUAUAUAUUAUUAGAUUUAAAAAAAUAUGGCAACAUAUAGCAAGAGUGUGUUAGAUGCCCUAACAGAAAAUCCUGCCCAGCUUUUUGUUGAUUUUUUGAAGUUUCUCGAAUCUACACAGCCCAUCACUGUUCCUUCUACAUCUGCUAUAAGGGUUACAUCUUCAGCACCUACUAUAACUAUUCCAGGUAUUCAACCUUCUGCUGGGUGGAUACUCCAACUUGCAUUUUGUAAUGUGGUUGGAUACAACUGGGCAGGAAGGGGGGCGUUUGGCGUGACACAUGUCCCGUCCCUUAUGUCAACUUAUACACCACUUGUAUAUGCUGUAAAAAAAAUCAAAAUGGCACAAAAUAAUACAUAUGCAAAGAAACAUGAAAACAUUCUUUAUAGCCAAGAGUUUAAGUUAAACUUUAGUAAAAGCGUUGGAGUAGAUUGGAAAAUUCUUGGACUUUGGUUAAAUAUUGAAGAAAACUGUAUUGACACAAUUGAUCAUGAUAAACCCAAUACCCUUGAAAAAGCAUAUAAAAUGCUAACUACGUGGAUUCAAAUGAAUGAUAAUCCAACACUUGAGGAGUUGAAAACAGCUUUAAGGAACAUGGAUAGAAUUGAUCUAAUAAGAAAAAUAGAUGAAUUAACAAAAACUUUGAGUUCACCAGAAAGUUCUACCAGAACUUCUUCUAAGAAAGAAACUUCGAGUUCACCAGAAAGUUCUACCAGAACUUCUUCUAAGAAAGAUACAUCAGAGGUGUGCACAGCACUGAAAAAAUAUUAUCGUGAAAAUUAUAGAAAAAUAAAUGAAAUUCAACCACCAUUAAAAGUACCUGCAAGUGUUGAUCUAAUGAAUAACUUUGUUGAUCUAUGUAUCGUUGAUGCAGUUAAUACUCAAAUGGAUGCUGUUUUUAAUUUUGAGCGAAAAAAAUUUCUUGAAAAGCAAAUGAACUAUACACUUAUUUCAUAUAGUGAAAUUUUUAUGAAAGAAAAAUCUGUAAUAUUAAUAUCUGGAAUAGCUGGUAUAGGAAAAACAUGGUUGCUUCGAAAAUGUUUGCUUGAUUGGUCAAACAAUUUAAUUUGGAAAAAUGUUGAACUUGUGUUUUAUUUGGAAUGCAGAAGGCUUAAUCAAUAUCAAAAUAUUUCUAAUAUUAAUGAAUUACUAAAUGUUUUCUACAAAGGUAUUAUAAAUGAUUAUGAUAUUAGUACUCAUUCUACGCUGUUUAUAAUUGAUGGAUUAGAUGAGUUUAAAUAUUUACAUGAACUAAUAAAUUGCAGUGCGAGUAGUAACUAUCCAAUUGUUAAUGUUUUAACAGAAAUUCAAAAAUAUAAAUAUGUAGUUGCUGGUAGAGUUCAUGCAAUUGAUCAGUAUCAAAGUAUAUCUACAGAGGGUUGUGAUAAGAUAAACAUUCAAAUUAUGGGAUUUAAUGAAGAUGGAAUAAAUAAUUAUAUAGAAAAUAAUGUUUUAGAGGAAAAAAAAGAUGUUGUGAAAGCAAAUUUGAAGGAAUCUGCAAUUGCAAAAUCAAUGUCAUCUGUUCCAUUUUAUUUAUCUUUCAUGUGUAAGAUUAUGAGUAUUUCAAAAAAUUUAUACAAAAAUUCUUUUUUAACAAUGACAGACUUGUAUGCAAAUAUUUUUUUACACUUUUUGCAAAAACACAUUAUCAAAAACAAUGAAUCGUUUUCUCACUUUAUGGAAAACAAUUUCAAUAAAAAAUAUGUUUUAAACAUUUGUAAAAUUGCGUAUCAAUUAUUUGUUGAAAAUAAAGUAAUUUUUUCCAAAGAAGACAUUCAAACUUUCAUCAUUGACUUUGAUAAAAAUGAAAAAACUUUUUUUGGAUUUAUUGAAAGGAUUGAAACAAGUCUAGGUGAAUAUAUUUAUCAAUUUGCACAUUUGACAAUAAUGGAGUUUUGUGCAUCUAUAUAUGCAUAUAAUUGUUUAAGUAGUGAAGAGAUUAUGACUAAUGAAAAGCUGAAGAGUUGUUUAUCAAUGAUUUGUGGUUUAACCAAUAAAAAUCAAAAUAGUUCCUUAAAGUUUCUUGUUAACCUGAAUCCUUUAAAACAAACUUGUGAAGAUUCUUUAUUUUUGUUUUCUAUUUUUGAUCGUCUACUUAAAUUAUCUCAUCAAAGUAUUGAAGAAAACGAUUUUCAACUUGAAAACAAUAAUCAACUUCAAUUUUAUUACGUUAAUUUAUUCAUUGAAUGUUUUUAUGAAAGUCAAUCAUCAUUAACUGAUGAAAUAAAAUUAAUCGUCGAUGAACGAGAGUGGAAGAUUUUGAUUCACGAUGGAAAAACUUCUUACGAAACUUCUUGUGAAAAUUAUUUCGUAAAUCAUUACAUUAAAUCUGGAAGAAAGUUAUCGAAGUUAUUUGUUUAUAAAAGUGUUGAUAAAAAUAUUUUAAGUGAUGAAGAAAAAAAUCUUAUAAUUAAAUGUUCAACAAAUGUUCGCGAUGUCGUCUUUUCUUGUCCAAUUAAAUUAGAAGGAUGGAAACCGAAAGAUAAGAUUGAAUUGUUGGAGAUACAUCUCACAUCACGUUAUUUAAUAACGAAAAAAGAUUUUGAAGAAAAUUUUCUUCCGUGGAUUAUUCUUUGUGAAAGAUUACAUCUUUUACUUCACGACGACAACGAUUUCAUUGAAGAGAUUUGUGAAUGGAUUCGUUGUUCGAAUGUCAAGUGGUUGUGGAUCGAGUACCGUGGAAAACAUUUUGAAAUAUAUUUUGAAAACCUCGAUGAAUUAAAAAACUUUAUAACACAUUUUCUCACACCUACUAGCAAUGGGUUAGCAGAAAAUUAUGCAGGAUUUUUUGAUGUUCCAGAUAAACCACUUCCACACAUUGUGCAAACUCCAAAUAAAUAA